AUGAGCUCGUGGCGAUUAAUACUCGCGCUGGUGAUAUCGACGCUGGUCACGUGCCUUAUGUUUGCCGAGGCGCUGGUGGUGCGUCCCAACUUCUACUCGGCCUGCAUUUCACUCACCCAGUCCAACUCCAAGAAGUCCGUCUUGCUGGCCACCAUUCUCACACACAUCUUUUGUGCGCGCAAGCUGCUAAUGCGCAUCUUCUACGGAGAGCUGCGGGCCGUCGAGGAGCAACACACUGGCGAAAAGCUGUGGUACUCGGGCACAGAGAUUCUGUUUGCCAUUGCUGUGUUCCACAAGGAGCUGUCCCAAGUCCACUACGCCUCCAUCUUCACAUUUGUGUGGCUGGUUAAGUCGCUGCACUGGGUGGCCGAGGACCGGGUUGAUCUACUGUUCACCACAGGCGAGUCCGACUGGGCCCAUGUCCGGUAUCUCAGCACCCUGACGGUGUUGUGUGCCACCGACGUGUACCUGCUCAACUCCUUCUACCCGCACAUUGACUUUGACUUCAGCAAGUUUUCCACCGGCGUGGAACAAGGCAUCUGGGUGAUUUUGGCACUGGAGAUCGGCCUGGUGCUCAACUCCAUUGCCCUGUGCCACAACAAGUACCUCAUUUCCAUGCGGGAACGGUACUUUUUGCGCCAGAACCCCAACGACGAGACCUGGACCCACAAGAAGGACUGGCUGUUUGCCGCCGAGGCUGCGUCAGACCUCAUCCAGAUCGCCAUGUUCUGUAUCUUCUUUGUUCUCAUCUCGUCGUCCCACGGCAUGCCCAUCUUCAAGUUCCGAGACGCCGUGGUCUCCGUGCUCAAUCUUGUUUCACGUGUCAAGGGCUACUACAACUACCGAGUUCUUACCCGGCAAGUCGACUCCUUCACCACUACGCCCAGUGAAGACGAUUUGGCCCGAAACCAGACGUGCAUCAUCUGCUUUGAAGACAUGGAGCUCGUGGAGGAGCCCAAGCAACUGGUGCCUAAAAAGCUGUCGUGCGGUCACGUGCUCCACAACGGCUGUUUGAAGCACUGGCUCGAGAGGUCCAAGCUCUGUCCUACAUGCCGACGAAACGUCUUCACUGCUCCAGAGGUGGUGGCCACCACUACCGUGGCCCAGGUUACACAAGUCACAGUUCCCGUGGCUCCGCAGGUUGCAGAUCACCCCGCGUGGGUGGAGCAGGCUGUGCAGUCACAAAGCAGCUCUACCUCUGAGUCGUCAUCAAACGACGCUCAUGCCCACCACAAGCUCAAGCUCCGACAAAGUGCCAUUGAGGCGGGUGUGCAUGACUCGUGGGAAGUCUUUCCGACCCGGCGAAACAACAAAAACCAGGUGGAGCUGUGUUUGGGAGAGGGAAGAUGGGCCGUUCUUGAAACUGUCUAUUAG